AGCCAAAUAAAGCUCUGCUCUCUGUGUGCCUUACGUCGUCUGUCUGGUGUCCUCGGGCUCACCCCAAAACGGACCCAUAACAGAGCCCACAGACUGUUUUCUCCAUUUUGGUCUCUGCAGUGAUCGAUCAUGUCUCAGGAGCAGCAGUUCCACGUGAAGACCCCCCUCAGGGACAGCAUGGCCCUGUCCAAGGUGGUGGGCCCCACUGUUUACCUCAAGAUGGAGACCGCCCAGCCCUCGGGGUCUUUUAAGAUCCGGGGCAUCGGACACCUGUGCAAGACGUGGGCUGAGAGGGGCUGUGAGCAUUUCGUUUGUUCCUCAGCAGGUAAUGCUGGCAUGGCCGCAGCCUAUGCUGCCAGGAAGCUGAACAUCCCUGCCACCAUCGUUGUGCCUAAUACUACGCCCUCCCUCACCAUCAACAAGCUCAAGGAUGAGGGUGCUACCGUCAAGGUUGGAGGUGAGACAUUGGACGAGGCAAUCAAACUGGCAAAAGCCCUUUCCAAGAACAAUCCAGGCUGGAUCUUUGUGCCCCCCUUCGAUGACCCCCUCAUCUGGGAAGGCCAUACCACCAUAGUGAAGGAGCUGAAAGAGGACCUUCCUGGCAAGCCGGGUGCCAUUGCCCUGUCAGUGGGUGGCGGGGGCCUCCUGUGUGGCGUGGUGCAGGGCUUGGUCGAGGUGGGCUGGAAGGAUGUACCUGUCAUCGCAAUGGAAACCCAAGGGGCCCACAGUUUGAAUUCAGCCCUCAAAGCUGGCAAACUGGUCACGCUUCCCAAGAUUACCAGUGUGGCUAAAGCCCUUGGGGUGAACACUGUUGGAGCUCAGACUCUGAAGCUCUCCCAGGAACACCCUGUCUUCUCUGAAGUGAUCACAGACCAAGAAGCAGUCAGUGCUCUGGAGAAGUUCGUAGAUGAUGAGAAGGUGCUGGUGGAGCCAGCCUGUGGGGCAGCCCUGGCUGCAAUCUACAGCAAAGUAGUACAAAAGCUCCAGGCUGAAGGGAAGCUCCCUGCCAAGCUGAGCAGUGUGGUGGUCAUCGUGUGUGGUGGGAGCAACAUCAGCUUGGAUCAGCUGCAAGAGCUCAAAAGGCAGCUGGGAAUGAAGACCGGCUGAGCCCACUCCUGCAGACCUCCUCCGGGACCCCUGCCAAGCACCCCUUUUUGGGACUGGACUUUUAUCCAGUGCCUUAUUCUGUUAUUAUUAUCGUUCUUCUUCUUCUU